CGUUAGUCUUCCUUAGUCUAUCUGUUCUUGCUAGGUUUAAGUUUAUGCUGCGAUCCAGAAACCAGGACUGUUUUGUUCAUGAACUCUGUUGCCUGGAUCUCUGGUUAAACCUGCACUGGCAAUUGUUGUCAAGAAUUUCCAACUAUUGAAACAAAGGCUGUUUAUGUUGGAGAUCUUGUGAAGUUGGCAUGCUCACGCAGGUCUGCUGGAGAUAUAGUUUGGAUGAAGAUCAAUUCUGAAAAUACUCCUGAAAUUCUUGGACAAACUGAGAAUAUGUAUCGUCCUAUUAAAGUUUGGCAAGAUGUUGGAUUACUUGUUUUGCAGAUCAUGAAAGCCAGGCUAAUUGAUUCUGGAUUUUAUUUAUGUCAGAGAAACUAUAAAGGAAACAAGACGUUUUUAAAUCUAACAUACCUGAGAGUUAAAGACUCUGCUGUCACCACCGUCUCCACACCUGCUCCACCCCAGCUCCACAACUCUGUGACUCUCUAUUGUUCAGCCUUGCAUCACCCCCGAAAUAAAUCAUGUCCUGGAGAUGAGAAUUUGCUCUGUUUUAGAGCUGAAUCAAAUCAAACUCUUCCAGGUUUAAACUACACUGACAAUGAUGAGGAAGACAGAUUCAAAUUUAACUCUGAAGGAUGUUUCUACAGCUAUUUCAAGAACACCAGCUUGUCUGGUGCUCAGAUGUAUCACUGUGCUGUGGCAAAGCAUAACAAGAACCUGUCUGGAGGAAAAUCAAACCCUGUGGCAAAGCAUGACAAUAAUAUAUUUGGAGAAAAAUCAAACUCUGACACUAAAGGAAAUUCAAGUAAUUAUAAUACAGUUCUCUGUCUGCUGAGCGCUGCUUUGGCUAUCUGUCUGGUUGUUAUAGCCUUCCUCAUAUACUUCACCAUUCAAGUUAAUAAAAAGUUAAAUGAUUGUAGCAAUGCUACAGUUGCUCUGCAAGCACAUGAACCAAUGAAAGAAAAUCAAGAAGGUCAGAAGUUUCCACAAGAAGAAAAACCAGCAGAAAAAGGACUGGGGACGCAAUGUCUGAAGUACAAGAUGUCAUCUACACUGAAGUCAAUAUUCUUGUGCUCUAAAAAGGCUAAGCUAAUUGUUAUCUAAAGACCAAGUUUAAAAUGCACUUUAUUGUUUUUAGAAGACUAUAAUUUUAUAUAUAUAUAUAUAUAUAUAUAUAUAUAUAUAUAUAUAUAUAUAUGAAUAUUUUGCAUGUUUGUACUUUGAAACUCAUGGUAUUCUCUACUUAUUUGCUUAAAAGGAAGUUAAAGUUCUAUUAUGUGCCUCUCAAGUAGAUGCAUGUACAUUUACUAGCUCUUAGGUAAAAAACAUCAAUAAAAAGUAAUUU